AUGACUGGACGGCGAUUACAACGUCGGUAUCGAGGCGUGUAUCAGAAAUACUCAUUGGUGACCCAGUUGGUCACGUGGCUCCUUGUCAUUUAUAUUAUUGUCAUAUUCGCAGCAGGUGCUGUCAACAAUUCCGACACGGAUGGACAGGCAUCAUUAUCGGACAGUACUUUUUACUUUGUAGUGAUUGUGCUUGGUCUGUACAUUCUCGUCAAGUUGGCAUUGAUUGUGCGAUGGAUAAUUUACUGGAUUAUUUUUGCUGAAUUGCUAACGUAUGCAAUCACUGGUGAUCUGUACUUGUUGUUCUGGAGUGGUGACGAUGCCGUGACAAAUACGGAUCGACAAGUGCGUUCUGUCAUGAUCAUUGUCCUCGUUUCGGUCGAAAUUCUUACGGUAAUUACGUAUGGUUUCACACAUUAUGUGUAUCCAUGGAUGGUGCUUGGUCAGAAAUUUGAUACCCAGGGGUGGUGGAAUAUUAAACCCGGUAUCGAGACCAACACGUUGACGUAUCGCUCUAAAGCGCGCUUUUAUACACGAAAGCGCGACGUAGUCAAGUACUGUGGAGGACUGAAUGCACAAGGUCAACCACAUGGAUACGGCAUGUGGACUGACACGGGGUAUCAUGGCGAGAAAUUGACAGGACAAUGGGAGAAUGGUGUCCCUAUUGGCCCAUUCCGUAGUUUUGAGCACGGAAGUGGUUAUUCAUUUGUGAACAUCCGUGUCGGAUUUUGCCACAACCGAGCUGAGAAGGGGUCUACAGAUAUUUUCUUUUUUCCAAAGCACUCGGAGAACGGUUUAAACUGGGGUGUAGCAAGCGUGGAGUGCUCUGUGUCAGGCGGGUUUUUCAAAUACUUGCCUACAGUGACGCACUUGACGCCAUCAUAUGUGGAUGGCGCUCCACUGAAUGCGUCAGAAUGCCUUUCAGUGCUGCGAACUCCGACGGAUGAUGUUGUGUUUAACCACAACGAAAAAGUGAUGCUGGAAGGACAACCUCACAGGAAACAGGUCACUAAGCGGCAUUUUUUCCGAGAAGAGUCUGCACCUGUGCUUAAUUUACCUAGCAGCAACGAGGACGACGGUAAAGAAGCAUUGGUGCUGCUUCACGGCUACAACUGCUCGCUCGAUUAUGGCAUGAAUCGCCUCGCACAGCUUCUUGCGCUUGGGGACUUUCCAUCAUUCAUUCACCCUUUUGUAUUCAGCUGGCCUAGCGGAGGUGUGCUAGCGUACUUCCAAGCAAAACAGACUGGUAGUGAAAGUGAACGCACAUCGCAUGACUUCGUUUUGUUUCUAAAGAGCUUGAUUGGUGCCGGCUACACAAAGUUGAACAUUAUCGCACACUCCAUGGGAGCGCGUGUUUUCUUUGGCUCCCUUAACAAAGGGCUCUUUGAUGAGGUUUUCAUGGCUACUGGAAGCGUUACGGAUAUCAAUCUUUCCACGAGUAAAAUGGAGCUCUCGACGCUCACAUUUUGUAAUCCGGAUUACGAUCGAAAUGAGUUUGUUAAAUACGGAGGAGGGUAUGACCGUGCACGCCAGUUCUGCAAUCACAUUACACUGUACGCGGACAGUAUGGACGGCGCUUUGUUUUAUUUGGAAUAUCUCUCGAAGACUUCGAUCACGGGGCCGCUUAAUUACUCGCUAGGCAGGCGUGGACAUAUGAUCCAUCGUGACCCGGAGGACAAUGAGGUUGCAGGGCGAUCCGACACAGAGUUCCGUACCUGGCAGAACAAGAAUUUGGCUGUACCGCUAGAUUUGGCUUACGCCGCAGUGAAUCAAUGUGCACAGUACCCUGGCGUAACAUCAUUCGCGUACAACCGGAGUCGGAUACCUGCAAGCAAUGACGAGUCCGCACCUUAUGGCUCUACACGGGGUGGCACUAGUGAAGAAGUUCCACGUUAUUACUUGGACAUGGAUGUGAUCGACACAACUUGGAUGGAUAACAAUGUGCACGCGAUUCGACACAACUAUUUCAACCUUAAUCCAAGUAUUGUAGAUGAUCUUCGCCACUUGAUUGUACUGAAGAAACGUGCAAGUUCCCGUCCCGGUCUUCUUAAAACAACAUCGGCCGAGAACGUCUACAUUUACCUAAUAGCACCGUCCCACAUCAAGAACAAGUGA